GACAUGGCUCAUCUCAGGGGCUUUGCCAACCAGAACUCACAAGUGGACCCUGAGGAACUCUUCACCAAGCUAGACCGCAUUGGGAAGGGCUCCUUCAGGGAGGUGUACAAGGGCAUCGACAACCGCUCUAAGGAGGUUGUGGCCAUCAAAAUUAUUGACCUGGAGGAGGCCGAGGAUGAGAUCGAGGACAUCCAGCAGGAGAUCACCGUGCUGAGCCAGUGUGACAGCCCCUACAUCACCCGCUACUUCGGCUCCUACCUCAAGAGCACAAAGCUGUGGAUUAUCAUGGAGUACCUGGGCGGUGGCUCAGCGCUGGACCUGCUGAAGCCAGGUCCCCUGGAGGAGACCUACAUUGCCACUAUCCUUCGGGAGAUCCUGAAGGGACUGGAUUAUCUGCAUUCAGAGCGCAAGAUCCACCGUGACAUCAAAGCUGCCAACGUGUUGCUGUCAGAGCAGGGUGAUGUGAAGUUGGCGGACUUUGGGGUGGCAGGCCAGCUCAGUGACACGCAGAUCAAGAGGAACACCUUUGUGGGCACCCCUUUCUGGAUGGCGCCGGAGGUCAUCAAGCAGUCAGCCUAUGACUUUAAGGCAGACAUCUGGUCUCUGGGAAUCACAGCCAUAGAACUGGCCAAGGGGGAGCCCCCAAACUCUGACCUACACCCCAUGCGUGUCCUGUUCCUGAUCCCCAAGAACAACCCCCCGACGCUGGAAGGCCACCACAGCAAACCUUUCAAGGAGUUCGUAGAGGCCUGCCUCAACAAGGACCCCAGAUUUAGGCCUACUGCCAAGGAGCUCCUGAAACACAAGUUCAUAGCCCGCUACACCAAGAAGACGUCCUUCCUGACUGAGCUCAUCGACCGUUACAAGCGCUGGAAGUCCGAGGGACAUGGAGAGGAGUCCAGCUCCGAGGACUCGGACAUCGAUGGUGAGGCAGAGGAUGGUGACCAGGGCCCCAUCUGGACCUUCCCCCCCACCAUUCGCCCCAGCCCUCACAGCAAGCUGCACAAGGGUUCUGCCCUGCAUGGCUCCCCGAAGUCCGCAGAACCAGUGCAGCGUCAGCCGAGGUCCCAGAGCCUGUCCACACUAGUCCGGCCUGUCUUUGGAGAGCUCAAGGAAAAGCACCGGCAGAGUGGUGGGCGUGCAGGGGCACUGGAGGAACUGGAGAAUGCCUUCAGUCUGGCCGAGGAGUCCUGCCCCGGCAUCUCUGACAAGCUGGUGGCCCACCUGGUGGAGCGGGUACAGAGGUUCUCACACAGCAGGAACCACCUUACGUCGGCCCGCUGA